AUGGAGAAUUACUUUCAACAAAACUAUACUACGCAGGAUUAUAUUCCCACCGAGCAGUCGCAGUUAUUCUCCCAAGACCCCAUCUUUUCUGGCCAGUAUGAUGGAUUUUUUUUGAACGAUGCGCCCCAUUCCACAGAGUUCAAUUUUUAUAUCCCGUCUGCAGAGGGAGAAAGUUACGCAUACACAUCAUCAUUAGAUAAUCAUUUAUGUCUGAAUGCUCCGACCAUUCGAACAUAUUUCGGCGAGGAGAGACCCGACAUUUUUCAACCAGGCAUUCCCACAUAUGAGAUCGAUAAUCCAAGUUUCGUUUGCGACAAACAACAAGACUGCUCCGACUCCGGAGGUGUCAGUCCACAAUUAAGCGAGCCUUCGCCCUCAGCACACGGCAGAGCGAUUAUCCCUGACAUUCACCAUUCCCGAUACACUACCGUUGGACUGCCAUUUGACGAUGAAACAGAGGAUUACCUCCGUGGAAUCUUUGGUAUUCCACCUGAUAUGCCCUUAAAUCUUGAUUCACUCCCCAAUAUUCCAAAAAAUGCGUGGAAACGCCCAAAAGAGUUGCCCACAGUGGCGUUGGCGAGCCUGGCAAUUUGGGCCGCUCCAAACCAUAGAGCAAAGGUUACGGACAUCUAUAAAGCUGUCCUAAAGAGGUUUCCAAUUUUAGAUUUGAUUAAUCAUGGUGCUUUUAGGACAAGUAUCAGACAUACUCUCAGCCUGUUUGGUAUGUUCCGAAAGGACCCUGAAUCGGCUCAUCAUGGCGGUUAUUGGCUUAUUGACGUACGGUACGAGUUAAAGAAGAAGAGGGCGACAAAGAGAUCUAAAGGGGAAAGUAGAAAAGGCAAGAAAGCCAAAUCAGACCUGGUCAUACCCUGA